UGUGUGAACAGAAACUAUUUAAAAAGUUGAUCAGUAAUAUUAGAAAUGUUAACUAAUAUAACUCACAAAAAUUUUAAAUUUGCAUAUAAUAUACUCAAGCAAUUUGGUGACUUGAGUCACGGCAGCAAGAUGCUUGAGAGAGACGGCUUUGCAAAGAGAGCUUUUGCAAUCAGGCCGUUCACAGCGCAAGUCGGAGCUACGCAAUCGGUGAAGAAAAAAAUGGCUAAACUAUCGGAGUCAGAACGCAUUGAGCUUUUACAACCAUUAAUAAACGCAGGCUGGUCACUUGUAAAUGGACGGGAUGCUAUAUACAAGGAAUAUCUUUUUAAGGACUUUAAUCAGGCUUUUAGUUUCAUGUCAGGCGUAGCUUUGCUUGCAGAAAAAUUAAAUCACCACCCAGAAUGGUUUAACGUUUACAACAAAGUUCAAAUAACUAUGUCCACACAUGACGUGGGCGGAUUAAGUCUGAAAGACAUUAAGGUUGCUAACUACAUGGAAGAACAAUCUAAAAACUUUAUUUAAAAUUAUAUAUUACAAAUUUCAUAGAAAUUUUACUUCUCAAAUAAAUAUUCUUA